AUGCCUUCACCAUAUCAAUGCGGUAUCAAAACAAUUGGAUGGUUCUUUAAGUCUUGGCCUUUCGAAAAAGGUCUCUCAUCUGAGUUCAUUCAACCUGCUCCAAAAAAUCCCAUCAUCUCUUUGGAGAUUGAAAAAAUUAAUCAAACUUGGGCAACAAGUAUUCUUUCGGCUCUUAAAAACCAUUAUAAUUCAUUGGUAAAAACUAAAUUAGACCUGAUCAAAUCACACUCUUUUACGGACAUACAAAUUGAGUCUUUUUCAUCUGAAGCUUUAAAUUGGGCUCGGAAAGUUUAUAAAUCUCGUUUACAACGAACUGUAGUCGAACAGUUCAAAUCACUUUUGGCAGAUAUUAAAAAUACGGCUUCAGAAGCACUUGAGGAUAUGGAUGUAGGCAAUGUAGAGUUGGUAGAAGUAUCUCUUCCUCCAACUACCAAAAACAGAUUUAGUUUCAUGCCACAAUCCACUGGGAAAUCAAAACGGAAUAGAUCAUAUUCCCCAACAAGUUUUCCAUCCUCUUCUUCAUCAUCAACUUCUUCUGUCACCUACCAGACAGCAUCAUCUAGACCCUCUACUAAACCACACAUUCAUACCCGACAGAGUGAUAAAUCCAAAUUCAAUCUACCAAAACCAACCAAACCUAUUCUCAUCAUUGGAUCGUCAAAUUUAGGCCGUAUCCCAGAAGGCACCUCAGAAACCCAAAUAGAGAGCUUUCCGGGCGCAAGAAUCUGUCAUUUGAAGUCUAUCAUCACUAAAGCAGAAACCAGGCAAGUACCAAAUAAAGUAAUAGUACAUGUAGGUUUAAAUGAUAAACAAGAAGAUGGUAAUUUCAUCCACAUCCAAAUGUUGGAACUGCUGUCAAUUGUCCGAAACAAGUCUCCAAAAGCCUCCCUAUAUGUCACACCGAUACCAGUUUCAUCUUUAAAACGAGCAUGUCCUGGAGCCUUCAAGAACCUAUCAAAAUUCAAUGAACUCAUCACAGCUAAACCACCAACCAAUACCAAUACCACUACCAUUCCAGAAUACUCCGGAUUCAUUAAAGUUCAAAACGACAAUAUUAAUUUUACAGAGAUGACAGCCAAGAAAGUAUUUUCUCACUGGAUGGCCCAUUUAAACUAG